GUCCAAUGAGGGUGCGGUAAUAUGAUGUGCUCCCACCCCACCACCACCCCCCAAAGAGCCCUGCCUCCCAGCGGACCGCUGGGCCAGGCGCACCGGGUUGAAAGUCUGUGUGCAUGUUGGGGCCACUUAAAGAGGUGCGUCGAGCAGACGGCACGGACUUUCUCCGUUGAAGAAUCAGCGAGAUGAAGAGCAGCGCCAACCCGGCACCAUGCGCUCCAGGCUCCCACGGACCGCCUGCCUAUUGCGACUCAUUGCACUCUGCAUCCUUCUCUCGCACACUGCAGCUUACUUUGGGCUGACAGGUCGGGAACCUUUGGUAUUUUUACCUGGUCCGUUUUCCAAUGAACCUCCGACGGGAAAGGCCCACCUGAAGCAGUGCGAGCAGAUGACCCUGACCAGACGACAGAAGAGGCUGUGUCGCAGGGAGCCCGGUUUGGCCGAGACGCUGCGGGAGUCGGUGCGCCUCAGCCUCCUGGAGUGUCGGUAUCAGUUCAGGAACGAGCGCUGGAACUGCAGCCUGGACGGCCGGGGGAGCCUUCUAAAGAGAGCAUUCAAGGAGACUGCCUUCCUGCUAGCAGUGUCCUCUGCAGCACUGACCCAUGCACUCGCCAAAGCGUGCAGCUCAGGCCGAAUGGAGAGGUGCACAUGUGACGAUUCCCCCGGCAUCCAGCAUCGGGAAGCAUGGCAGUGGGGGGUCUGCGGUGACAACCUGAAAUACAGCACCAAGUUUCUAAAGAAGUUCCUCGGCCAGAAGAGGGUCAGCAAGGACCUGAGGGCCCAGGUCGACGCCCACAACAUCAACGUUGGAAUUCGGGCAGUGAAGAGUGGGCUGAAAACAACCUGCAAGUGUCACGGCGUCUCUGGCUCCUGCGCCGUACGGACCUGCUGGAAACAGCUGUCGCCCUUCCAUGACACUGGGCGGCUGCUGAAGUAUCGAUACGACACGGCCGUGCGGGUGCUGAGCGUGACCAAUGCGGCCACGGGGGAGACAGAGCUUGCAGGCCCCCGUCGUCACGGCCAGAGCCUCCGCACCACCGACCUGGUCUACCUGGAAGACUCCCCCAGCUUCUGCAGGCCCUCCCGCUACUCCCCCGGCACGGGGGGCAGGUCAUGUGCCAAAGACACCAGCUGUCAGAGCCUGUGCUGUGGACGGGGUUACAAUACAGCCAUGCGUCUCACCAGCCUGUCCUGCCACUGCCAGGUGCGCUGGUGCUGCCACGUGGAGUGUCAGACGUGUGUGAGAGAGGAGGAGGUGUAUACUUGCAAGACUGCAUGAACACAUGAUGAGAUAGAAGAAAUAUAGGCAGGAUGUGAAGAAAGAGUUCAUCAUAUCAAUGUGACUGAGCUAGAAUCUCCUGUAGACUCUGAUCUCACAUCAGACCAUGUCAGCAGUUGCAUGUUAUUUUGGGAGGAAUACACACUCACAACAUUAUAAAAUCAUUUGCUAAUCAUCACUGAUCUGAAAUGCAGCCACUUACAGUAGGUGAGGAUGUUUUCAAACCACUCUGCUCUCCUCUCUCCGGAUGCACUGAAAUCCCACUCUUCUGGGACAGAGGGAAACAAGCUCUUAAAAAACAAAAAACACACAGGUACUGGACUGGACUGGAUGCCGCCAGCAGUACAACGCCAAACUCUGUCUGUCUUACAGGGGGAGCUCUGACACUGACUUUGUUGUUUGUAAUUACCCCCUUUCAUUUGACUAUUUAUUGUAUCAGUCAGUGUGUGUGUACUGCUGCUUUAUACUUUAACCUUCUUAUAAUCGAGAGUUGCCACUAACGCUGAAAACGGCCUUAAAAGGAAUCUACCUGUCUGUCUUUCUGUCUGCUGUGCUCCAUUUUCUGCUGUGGAGAACUUUCUGAGUAAAAAGCACUUAAGUUGCUCUUGCUACAUAUGAUACAAAGUGUAUAGUCAAUCUAAAACUUAGUAAAAAAAAUCUUUAGGUUUAAAUAUAUGUGUAAACAGAACCACUGGAAGCUUUGAGGGGUGGUUACAGCCACUGAUAUACAUUGUAACUACAUGCAUUAACUGGGUUAUUGUGUAAAGAAACAAGCUGGGUUUCAGUUGCUCUUAUGGAAAUGUCUAUGGAAAUCUCUACAUGUAGCCUGAUGUGUGCUCAAGAGAACAAAGGGAAAUGCCUGGGGGAUAAUUGUGAGGGAAACACCAAACACUGUCUUUGAAAAUUGUGACAAACAAGAAUGAAACACUUAAUUUGUGAACAUACCAGCUCUAUUCUUUCUUUUUUUUUCUAUUUAUAGAGGCACACACUUAGCGAAACUUUCAAGUUUAAAAUUGCCUGAUUGAACCAUUUGGUCUUCAAAGUCUAAUUUAGCCACAUCUUUGUUCUAGAUGCCUUUGAACUGGGACUUAUUUUCGCAAAUUGCUAAUCAAAGAAAAUCACCAUGUUUACUCCCUUGCGCUCACAACCAAAUCAGUGUGACCAUGUGUGCAGGUCAAAAGUGCACGUUAGACCCCAAAAGAGUUUAUUUUUAUUGGCCAGUUUUGUGUGUUUUUUGCGAGCAAUUCUGAACUGUAUAUAUGAUAUGAAUAUAACUCAUGUCAGGGCUCCAGGUGUAUGACAAUAUGGAAUCGUAAUUUUCUACCUCACUUCAUCUUUUGGCAAAUAUCAGUAAGAUUUAUGAGCUAUGCAGAGUUAUUCUCUGUAGAUACAUGUCCUUUCCCUUGCAUUUGUUUUAAAGAUCACAUUUUAAGUUUUUGUACAGUUCUUUUGAACAUAUAUAUAUAUAUAUAUAUAUAUAUAUAUAUAUAUUUCAAAAAAAGUAAAUGUUUUUCUUUAAUCUUGUUGCAUUACAUUCUUAUUUAAAACAAACAAGAUU